AUGUUCUCUGCCAGGAAGUGGUGUGGCAUUUUAAGAGCUGUCAGACUGCAUCACUGCAGAUCCCGUUCUGUAUCCAGAGCCUCUCCAAACCUGACUUUCGUGCCAGCCUGUCUUCCCCCAGAUCCUGCAGAAGUGGAGGAGCUGCAGCGCUUUGUUUCUAACUCCAAGAGGCUGUUUGUAAUGACUGGAGCUGGAAUCUCCACCGAGUCAGGGAUCCCCGAUUACCGCUCUGAGGGCGUGGGGCUCUACGCCAGGACAGACCGACGGCCCGUCCAGCACGCCGAGUUCGUCCGCAGCGCCAGCGCCCGGCAGCGCUACUGGGCAAGGAACUUCGUGGGCUGGCCCCAGUUCUCCUCCCACCAGCCAAACAAGGCACACCUGGUGCUGAGGGACUGGGAGAAGCUGGGCAAGCUGCACUGGCUGGUGACCCAGAACGUGGACGCCCUUCACACCAAGGCUGGGAGCCAGCGCAUGACGGAGCUGCACGGCUGCACCCACAGGGUUUUCUGCUUGGCCUGUGGAGACCGAAUCUUGCGUGCUGAGCUCCAGGAGCACUUUGAAGCUCUGAAUCCCACUUGGAAAGCUGAAGCCUUUGGGGUGGCUCCGGAUGGGGAUGUGUUCCUGACGGACGAGCAGGUGCGCAAUUUCCGAGUCCCGGCCUGCCGUAAGUGUGGUGGGAUCCUGAAGCCUGAUGUGACCUUCUUUGGAGACACAGUGAGCCAGGAAAAAGUCAGGUUUGUACACCAGCGCCUGGCAGAGUCAGACUCCAUGCUGAUAGCAGGAUCCUCUAUGCAGGUAUACUCUGGUUACAGGUUUGCUCUUGCUGCCCGGGAGAAGAAGCUGCCAAUUGCAGUCCUUAACAUUGGGCCCACCAGGCUGGAUCACUUUGCAUCCUUGAAGCUGAAUUUCCGCUGUGGAGAGCUGCUGCCUUUGAUUGUCUGCACAUGACCCCAGCAGCUGAGCUUCAGUAGCCAGCAGGAUCAAAGUUAUUCUUACAAGGACUCACCUCAGAAAAGGGAAAACUCCAAUGCAGGAGGCAGCUGUGGGAUGCAGUGCACAGCCGCUGAGGGCACCAGGAGAGGGCAGCAAGCCUCACACGUGUCAGCCUCACCAGUGCUCCACUGAAACCAUCUCCACGUAUCAGGAAACAGAAUGAGGAUGGAAAAAAAAGUACAUUUCUGCCUUACCUUGCCGUUAAACAGUGCCUUUUCAUUCACUGGGACAGAUAAUUGACUACCAUGUCUGAGGACAAAAUACCUUUUUUAUAAUUGUCCCCAGAGGAGAAGGGUGGGACAGGGAUUUUGACCCGGUAAUUUGAGGCUGUAGCACAGGAGGGCGAUGUGGGACACUGCUGGGGAAUCCGGUGCCGCUGGUGGGAUACUGUAGAGUGUGCAAGGAGGAAAAGGAGGCAAGAGGAACUGCAAUGGUCGCUUUAAAGAAAAAAAGGUUCAAAAUAGAAGCUGAACAAGAACACUGCUCCUGUAACAGAUUAUUUGGAAGCACGGGCUUUAAGGCUGAUGUCUUCCAGCAAGGAGGGGAAGUCAGCAUUUCUCUCAACUGUUGGUUGACAAAUUAAACUGCUUCCUAUCUGACUCCUUUAAAAAUUAAACAUUGUUGAGAAGCCAGAGGAGUUACUUAAAGCUAAUCUGACCAGCACUACUUUGAGUGAGGCCACUACAUUUUCCAGAAUGCAUUUUUGAAGAUGUUAUUAAAUAAUAAAUAGCUAAGGAAUCAAUUAAAAUUGUUUAGAAGAUUAAGACUAUUUGCAUUGUAAUUUUCUCUCCCUCCCAUUAUUUAUUUAAGUACAUUCUCAAUAGCCAGUUUAGAUUCUUUUUUUUUCCACUGCAGAAAUGCAGGUUGUAAUUACUUGCAGCUGAUGAAUUAAGAGAGAAAUACAAUUAAAUCUGUACAAUAGGUCUCUCUCAGGAGGCAAUCUCAGUUGAAAGGUGCAAUUUCCACACUCCUAACAGGAGAUCCAUCACUACUGGAUAGUGAUUUUUUGUUGAUCCUCAGGAUGGUAUUGCAAGCUCUAACAAACUGUCCACAGAGUAAAAAUACAGUCUGGCACAAACUAAAAUUAUAACUUUUUGACCUGACCUUCUUCAAGAAACCACCACUCCUCCUUCUAGCUCUGAGGGAUUGAAUUGUUGGGGUUUUCCAAGUGCCCCCUCCUACUCCAAGUAACACAUCCUGGACUAAUAAUUUGACAAGAACUGAAACAAGCAGUUGGAAACAAGGAUGCCAGAGUCAUCUGCUAAAAGGUCAAGUAGCAAAGCAAGGACAACUGACCACAGGAUGCAAAGUUCAUUUUUGCUUUGUUGUUGAUUCAAAUCCAUGCCAGGAGAGAGCAAAUAAAGCAGAGAAUCUAAGGGAUAUGUCAGGCAUCCAAUUUCUGCAGAAGGCAGAGAGCAUUAAGAUGCCUGACACAUUUCAGGAUUUGGCUGUAUUGGGUUAGAGACAGGUUCAGUUUGAAGCCAAGCAAGAACAGUUCAGGACUCCCACCUGCAUUCUGCUCACGUUGAAUGGUGACUCCACUUUCCAGUGACUCAGGUUUCUGCUGCUUGGCAGUGAGCAAAGCUCACAGAUCUCUCUCCAUCUUUAGCAGUCCUGUCACAGUACAGCUGCUGCAGAAAUCAUGCUUAAAGCACAGCAGAGUCUCCACAUAGACCAUGGUUUCCUGUAGGGGCUUUCCCUGUAAGAAGGGAUGCUGAUGCCUCCUUAGCAGAGGAGCUGGGGCUGAGUUUCUCACUAUCCAUAUCAUCUCCCCCUCCUUGAACCUUACACAACGUUGCUGUGUCAAAACCAGAGGCUGCAGGUUCAGUGCCAGCAGAGCCAACAUUUUGAGAAGGUGUGGGAGCAUUGCCAAGCAGUCUAAAACAAGUCUUGGGAUGAGUUCUGUGACAGGUAACUAAAGCUCCCACAUCUGCCCCUGCCUGCCCUCCUUGGGAGAAGAGUCAGGGUGUCCCUUCAGCAUCACUCUCAGAUGAAUCAUUACCCAAACUCUCCACUGACUGUACUUUUAAGCCACCAGGACAAUGACUCAGAAUAAAUGAAAAUAACAGUAAA